UCCACGCGUGCCGCCAAAGAACCCUUUUGUGCGCAACGCCGUGCGUCUUCCUUCGGGAGCCCAAAUCUUCAAAUCCCCUGCGUCUCCGCCUCCAAAUCUCCAUUCUCUUCGGCGAAGACUCGAAUCUCUGCGGUCGGUCCUAAGCUUUCGCUUUUUUGUAGGCCGUAUUGUGGUUUCUCGGCGCAGAUUGCCGGGGGCCUGCAGGGGUUUUGCUUGCACCUGCCGUUUGUUUCUCGCGAGGUUUAGUUUUUUUGGUUAGUCGCUGCGCUUGGAUCCGUUAAAGAAGUACAAGAAUAUUUGGUAUUGGUACGAGUUUGUGGUUAAGAGCCACCAAGAUCAUCUGCUCGUCUAUUUUGUCUUGCACCUCCUAAUGGGACGGGGAAACAUCUUGAAGCGGAGGAUGAAAGUAUUCUCUUUAGCAUUGGUGAUCUACCUGGGCUACAAGGGUGUGCAGAAGAGAGUUAAAUGGCUUAGCAAAACCAAAACAAAUGCUAUAUGGGAAAAAGCUCAUGAAAGAAAUGCUAGACGUGUUCUUAAUUUGAUGAUUGAGAUGGAAGGUCUGUGGGUAAAACUGGGCCAAUAUUUAUCUACCCGAGCAGAUGUUCUUCCAGAGGCUUAUAUAUGUCUUCUCAAACAGUUGCAGGACUCUCUUCCUCCUCGGCGAUUAGAAGAGGUCUGUCAAACUAUAGAGAAUGAGCUUGGAAAAGAUAUGGGCGACAUUUUCUCUCAGUUCGUAGAGGCACCUCUUGCUACUGCAUCUAUAGCACAAGUUCAUUGUGCAACUUUGAGAAAUGGGCAGGAGGUGGUUGUCAAAGUUCAACAUAGGGGCAUCAAAGAGGUCAUAUUAGAGGACCUAAAGAAUGCAAAAUGGAUAAGUGACUGGAUAGCAUGGGCAGAACCACAAUAUGACUUCAACCCCAUGAUAGAUGAGUGGUGCAAGGAGGCACCUAAAGAACUUGAUUUCAAUCAUGAAGCAGAGAACACUAAAAGAGUUUCAAAAAACUUACGAGUCAAAAGUGAUGAUGAUAGUUUAAAAUUUGCAGAUAAGGUUGAUGUGGUGAUCCCAGAUGUUAUUCAGUCAACAGAGAAGGUUCUCAUUUUACAAUAUAUGGAUGGUAUCCGCUUGAAUGAUGUCGAAUCACUGAAUGCACUGGGUGUGAACAAACAGAAGCUUGUUGAAGAAAUUACACGUGCCUAUGCUCAUCAAAUAUAUGUUGAUGGCUUUUUCAAUGGCGAUCCUCAUCCAGGAAAUUUUCUUGUAAGCAAAGAACCUCCUCAUCGGCCUAUUUUACUUGAUUUUGGUCUUACCAAGUCAAUUUCAAGGUCUAUGAAGCAGGCACUGGCAAAAAUGUUUUUGGCAUGUGCUGAGGGGGAUCAUGUGGCUUUAUUGGCAGCCUUUGCUGAAAUGGGGCUUAAGCUGCGUGUUGAUAUGCCAGAGCAAGCAAUGAACAUUGCAACAGUAUUCUUUCGCACUUCCACACCAGCAAGUGAGGCACUUGAAAACGUAAAGACUUUGGCUGAGCAAAGAGAGAAGAACAUGAAGGUUCUUCAAGAAAAGAUGAAAAUGAACAAAAAGGAAGUCCAGCGCUUUAACCCUAUUGAUGCUUUCCCAGGAGAUGCAGUCAUUUUUGCGAGGGUAGUGAAUCUUCUUCGAGGACUUUCAUCUACACUUGAUGUCCGUGUUGUUUAUUUCGACAUCAUGAGACCAUUUGCCGAGUCCACACUAAUAGGAAGCAUCAGCAGUGGACCAACAAGAAAUAGCCAAUGGAUUUAUGAUUCACCAAUUCAGUCUAAUGUGGAGGCCAAGUUGAGGCAGCUCCUGGUUGAGCUUGGAAAUGAGAAAAUAGUCGGAAUACAAGUUUGUGCUUACAAAGAUGGAAAGGUUAUAAUAGAUACUGCCGCAGGUGUGCUAGGGAGAUAUGAUCCUCGCCCUGUUCAACCAGACACUUUGUUUCCAGUUUUCUCAGUAACUAAAGGAAUCACUGCUGGAAUGGUACAUUGGCUUGUUGAUAAGGGAGAACUCGAGCUCACAGAAACCAUAUCAAAUAUCUGGCCAGAGUUCAGCGGAAGCAAAAAUGAUAUAAAGGCAAGGAAAAAGGAUCAUGUGAUUCAUCAAGAAUAUUGUUCUUUUUUUUUUUUUUUUGUAAAACGUGGGUUUCACCGUGCAUUAUUAUUAUUCUCUCUUCAGAUUCAUCAUGUUCUUAAUCACUCAUCUGGUUUGCACAAUGCUAUGUCUGAUGUUAUGAGGGGCAACCCUUUGCUAAUGUGCGACUGGGAGGAGUCUCUGCGCCAUAUUGCUAUGUCAGUUCCCGAGACAGAUCCUGGUUCCCAGCAACUAUACCACUAUUUGUCCUUUGGAUGGCUUUGUGGUGGUGUUAUAGAGCGUGCAUCUGGGAAGAAGUUUCAACACAUUCUGGAAGAAGCUAUAAUCCACCCUCUCAAUAUUGAAGGCGAACUAUAUAUUGGUAUUCCUCCUGGUGUGGAAUCUCGGCUAGCUACACUAACCCUUGACAAAGAAGAGCUGCAAAAUCUUCUUGAGAUCAGAAGCAGGCAAGACAUGCCGUCCAGCUUACAGCAGGUUAAUUUAGCUGAGAUUGCAUCCACUCUUCCCAUACUAUUCAACACACUAAAUAUCCGACGAGCCAUAAUCCCCGCUGCUAAUGGGCAUUGCUCUGCUCGUGCCUUGGCUCGCUACUAUGCUUCGCUCGCAACAGGUGGAUUGAUUCCUCCACCUCAUUCAUCUAUGUCAAAGCCUCUCCUUGGCCACCAUGUCCAUGUUCCAACAUUUCCUUCGGCCAAGCAGUCUAAGAAGAAAUGGAAAAUCAAGGAGAUUGUUAGUGCAAACAAGCAUUCACCAAGUUCAAAUACAAACAGGAAUAAUUCAAACACUGCUAACCUUGUAGCCAAUACAGAAGGAGACUGGAAAAAUAUUGGCAGAAUAUUUAGCAGUCCGAAGAUCCACGAUGCUUUCAUGGGGUUGGGCGAGUACUCUGACUUGGUUGUUCCAAAUGGAAAAUUUGGACUUGGGUUUCGGAAUUUCUAUACCGCAAACCGUAACCUGUCAUGUUUUGGGCACUCGGGGGUUGGCGGAUCUACUGGAUUCUGUGAUAUCGAGCACAAUUUUUCCAUUGCUAUCACAGUGAACAAAAUGUCCCUAGAUGGUGUCACAAGAAGUAUAGUCCAGUUAAUUUGUUCUGAGUUGAAUAUUCCCCUGCCCGAAGAGUUUUCGAGGUUCGGGGAGAAAGGCCCCGACAUGCAGCUGCAGCUUAUCUAGUCCAGUAGCUCAGCUCAGACACUGUCUAUAUCCCUCCCUCCUGAAAGGUUUUCUUAUAGAUCAAAUUUCACAUGUAUGCACACUCGAAUUUCACAUAUAAUUGUCUCAAUCAUGAUUUAAGGGCGUUUGUUCAUGUGACGUUGAAUCAGAAUAUGACAAAAUUAUCUGAACAACUAUAAUUGCGCCAAUUUUGUUCUUGUGCCAUGGAAAUUGUCCUUCUUCAGUAACUCACCAGGCGUCCAUUUGUUGGAUUCAUCAGUGUCCCACAAAUGCUGCAGAACUGUGGCCAUACACGUGUGACAGCACCAUUAAUUGCUGCUGCUCUUCAAUGGACGUGUCAGCCAUUGUCGAUCCAAUCAUUCGGUCCAUACAUUUAGGACGCAUUAUUGAUCAUGUAGCCGCACUGUCUUCUUAACUGUGAUGACCUCUUAUCAAAUCUUUAUUUCUUCAUCUGAAAUGCCGACGCAGAUUGUCCAUGCCACAGAGAAAAUAAACACACCAUUUUUCGAUCGAAAUAAAAAAUAAACCCAAAGUAUGUGGUUGCGUCUAAAAUAAUCCCUGAAUCAGAACCAUUAAACUGAAAGCAUCAUAUUUUAUUCUCCAUCGUUAUUGUCAUUUUAAUCUCAGGCCUCAAUGGCCACAAAUUCAAUUAUUUAAUAAUAAACGCCUCUAAAUAUCUCACCCAACUUUAUUUACCUGUUCCCGUUUAUAAAAAGGUGGCCUUUCUUUGGAGUCCGACCACGGGAGACCGAUGAAAGCGGCUCGGCGGCGGCGGAGGGUGUGCGAACUCUGCGGCGGCGCGGCCGCCGUGCACUGCGAGGCGGACGCGGCGCAUCUCUGCUGGUCCUGCGACGCCCACGUUCACGGCGCUAACUUCCUGGUGGCGCGCCACCUCCGCCAGGUCGCCUGCACCAGCUGCGGCGCGCUCGAUGAUGACCGCCUCUUCGCUGGCGCCGGAUCGCCCGCCCCGAUCCGAUCGCUCUGCGGAUCCUGCGGCGGAGGCGCAGCCGCAGCAGCAAGGGGAGCGGUCGUGGUCGCCGACGAGGAGUCGGACACCGAGUCGUGCGUGUCCACGGCGGAAUCGGCGACGGCGGGGAGGCGGAGGGCGAUCGGGGGCGGGCGGGUGGGGGCGAGGGAGAGAGUGCGGCUGGCAGCGGUGGCGGUGUGGGGAGACGCGAAGCGGCGGAGGAAGGGGGAGAUGGUACUGGCCCUGAGGAGAUUGGAGGAGGCAACGGGCGCGCUGGCGGAGGUCAUGGCGAGAGCCGGAGCCAUGGCCAUGCUGGAAGGUUAAGAAGAGCGUCGUUCAUGAUCUUGCCUUUUCUUCAUUUCUUUCUUUCUUUUUCUUUCCUUGUUCGAUGAAUCUUGUAGCAUAAAAAAUCCCUAAUUUCUCUAUGAUCUGGAAUUAACCUUAAAAAAUCCCUGAUUUCUGUUUUCGAAAAUUAUAAUUUACCUCCUCAAUUUUGUUAACCA